AUGCUUUCUGAAGUUCGCGGUGCAGUCGCGGAGGUUCAGAAAGAAGCAAAAAACGCCAUCAGGACACCCUGCUACAGUCACAAGCUGAAUAAUUCCAUUUCACGCAGUUCAAAAGUGCCCACUAUCCGAGAUGCUGUAGCAGUUAUAAAGGAAAUAGUUUCCUUUUUCAAGGCCCAUCCAAAGAGGAAGACUGUUCUCUUGAGCACCUUGGGAUGUGCCCUGACAUCCUUAUGUGAGACUCGGUGGGUGGAGAGACACAAGGCUGUGCUUCAGUUCUCUGUCGACCUCCCGAAGGUAGUUGAGACCUUAGAAAAAAUACCAGGAUGGCGUAAUCCAAGCACAGCUGGCAAGGCUACUUCAUUAGUGACAGCAGUUUGUAACGCCCAAUUUAUAGUGGCUAUAUUGUGCCUCAGCGAUAUACUGUCCUUAACUCACUCUUUGAGUAAAUUGUUGCAAAAGAAAGCCCUUGAUAUUCAUGAAACGAAAUGUUCCGGUCAAAUAAAUCGGCCACCAGAGUUCCUAAUCGGAGGAGACAUGGAAAACUUCUCCUUGUCAGAAGACACUGCAGUUGGAUCAUCAGUCUACACGCUAAGGGCAAGAGAUCCAGAUAACGGACGAGUCCAUUACUACAUCAGCGGGGAUUCUUUCACGGUAGAGAGGGACACAGGAGUGGUCAGACUCAUCCGGCAGCUUGACAGAGAGAAGGAGGAGACGGCAGAUGUCAUCAUCAGCAUCACCGAUGACAGAGUGGGAUCAGCUCCACCAAAUACCAUAUCCAUCAAGAGGGAAAUCAUUGUUUUGGACGAAAAUGACAACCCGCCAAAAUUUCAAAAUAUGCCAUAUUCAUUUUCUUUGGACGAAGUAACACCAAUUGGAUCUAUUGUAUAUCAAGACAUCAUUGUUACAGAUGCAGAUAUUAACAUGAAUGCUGAAAUUAAACUGUCCUGUCUGAGUGAAAAAACUCCAACAGCCUGCCAGAAGUUUGAAGUUCGUGAGAUCGCGGUAAGCAGCGGCAGAGUCAGAGGAGAAAUCAUUCUGAGCGAGCCUUUAGAUUAUGAAGAUCAGUCAUCUUACACCAUGGCUAUAGCCGCUAUGGAUAUGGCAGAGAAGCGUAGUUUAAAAUCGACAACAAACGUUCUUAUUAAAGUUAAGGACAUUCAGGACCACGCACCAGUUUUCCAAAAUGCUCCUUUUACUGCAACUGUCAUGGAAAACAGUGAGCAGGGAACAUCUGUUUUAAACUUGGCUGUGCGAGAUGGAGAUUCAGGAGACCCUAGAGAUCUUAUGUUAGUGAUUCAAGAUGAUGAUAAAGAGUAUUUUCAGUUGGGACCGAUUUCUAGUGAUAGCCGUAAGAUUUUUACAACAACUUUACAAACGAACUUCCCAAUCGAUAGAGAAGAUCCUGCUAUUCUUGAAAAUGGCGGACUGUAUGUUUUCCGGAUAAAAGCUGUGGAGUUGGUGGAUGGACUUCCUGUGGGUGAUUCAUCUACCACCAAUAUCACGAUAGUAGUUGGAGACGUGAAUGAUCAGAAACCAACCUUUAAUGAACGGAAUUUCAAUGUUACUAUAGGUGAAGACAUUGGGACCAAUACUCCGCUUCCUGGACUAAAUAUAGUUGUUACAGAUCUGGAUGUUGGUGACAACGCAAAGUUUUCCCUCAUUUUGGAAAAUGUCCUGAACUCGGAUGGAAUGUUCGCCGUUUUCCCAACUGUUGCAAUCGGCAGGACUCCUGUCAUCAUACGAAUCGCAGAUGCAAGUAGCUUGGAUUAUGAAAAUCCCGAGAAAAGAAUGUUCAUUUUUAAUGUGAAAGCUGUGCAAGAUGGAUUUGACAGCGAUUCAGCAACCGUCACCGUUAUCCUCACCGAUUCCAAUGACAAUGCACCCAUGUUCGACAGAGAUCAGUACACUCUAAGGGUGCCUGAGAAUAUCGUUCCUGGUACCGAUAUAGUUACUCUCACUGCUAUUGACUCUGACAGUGGCAUCUUUGGAAAAGUGAAAUAUGCUCUAAAAGGAUUUGGAUCAGACAAGUUUGAAGUUGUUCCUGAUACGGGUGAAAUCAAGGUGUCGGACUGUGCUGAUGUCACUUGCCUGGACUACGAAUCGCAAAAGAGUUAUUCUUUGACGUACGAGGCUCAAGAUGGCGGCGGAAAAGUGACCACUGUCAGUAUUUUCGUGGAAGUAUCGGACAUCAAUGACAAUGCUCCUCAGUUUACCAAGGAUGUCUACACACACGAAGUGCUCGAAAAUAUUGGGAAACUCUUACCUCCGCUUUUUAUUAAGGCAACGGAUUCCGACGGACCAACUCAAGGAAAUGGUAAAGUGGCUUACAACAUUGCAGCUGUCGAUAUGGAGGACCAGUUUGCCAUCGGAAUAGACUCCAUGACUGGUGAAGUGUCCCUUCGUCGACCUCUCAAACAUUCUGAGACGAUGAAUGGCAAUGGACUAGUUACUGUCACCAUCCAGGCCACGGAUGGUGGAUUUCCCCCGCUUUCUUCUACAGCAAAACUAGUCCUAAAAGUUAAAAAAGAAAACGAUGGAGCUCCAGAAUUUAUACAUUUGCCUUAUCGAGCACAUGUAAAGGAAAACGCCGUUGGAGGAACUAGCGUCAUAAAAAUCGUAGCAUCAGAUCCAGACGGCCCCGAUUCUGGCAUCAACUAUUUCAUACACAGCGGUGCGAAAGACAACUUCAUCCUGAAUCAAAAGUCUGGUUUGAUCAGUGUUGCUUCUGGAGCUGAUCUGGACAGAGAUCUUUAUGGCACAGAAUAUCAAAUCACGGUCCAAGCAGUUGACUCUGGAAUUCCAGUACAACAAACAGCUACUGGGACAGUAUCUAUUUUUAUCGAAGACGUGAAUAACAAGCCACCAACGUUUGAUCAAGACACUUAUGUGGAGUAUGUUCCAGAAAGCACCGGUAUUGGAGAAGUUGUCUUGACUGUAUCCGCUAGUGAUCCUGAUGAAGAUUCUAAACUUCGCUAUUCCAUUUCGGAACCAAUCAUAGCAAGAGACAAAACUGGAUCCGUGGUGACGUCAUCAUCAUACAAUUAUAAGACUGCUUUUCGAAUAGAUGGAACUUCGGGGAAAAUUAUGGUCAAUCAACCUUUGGAAUAUAACUCCGCAUCCGUCAUAAUAUUGACUGUGCAAGCAGUGGACUUAAAUGCCGUUGAUGUGACUUUCGGCAAACAACAGAAGACGUCAGUUGAAGUGACUUUAUACAUCCGUGCUCACGGAGAAAUGAACCCCGUCUUCUCUCCUCCGUGGACCCUAGCCCAUCCUGUCAUCGAGAUCACGGUGCCGGAAGAGACACUGAUCGGCUCCACCCUGCUCACGCUCUCUGCGAGGGACCCUCUCACUCACUCAAGCGUCACGCAUUUCGAGAAGAUUUCCGGAUCCGAUCCAGAUAACUACGUUUCUGUCAGUCCGGUGUCGGGUGUAGUUGCACUAAAUCGGCGUCUAGACUUCGAAGAACUGCCUUUGAAGCAUGUCAGUUUUCGAGUUAAAGCUCUCAUUGGUGAAUCAAAGAACCAAAGAUUCAGUGAAGCUGUGGUGAAAAUAAACGUUCAAGACAUCAAUGAUAAUAGUCCUGUAUUUUCACAAAAUUCAUAUACAACAAGCAUUUCGGAAUCAGCUCAGUAUCCACAAAGCAUACUGACAGUAAUAGCUUCUGACAAAGACAGCCAAGAUGGAUUCGGUACUGUCAAAUAUUCCUUAUCCGGUGAUGGAAGCGACGUUUUUGAUAUUGAUGAAACAUCAGGGACAAUCUCAGUCAAAGAAAAUGUAACUCUGGACCGAGAAAAGCAGAGCAUUUACAACUUACAAGUGACAGCUACUGACAAUCCCAGAGGUGGAGCGAACCAGAGAAGAACAUCUAUCAUAGUUGCUAUAAAAAUUCUCGACGAAAAUGAUAACGCACCCAAGUUCAUCCAAGAAAUAUACACAACAGUCAUUCCCGAAAAUGUGCCUACGGAUUUCAGUAUUGUCACUGUCAGGGCCAUGGACGUAGACAAUGGGAGGAAUGGCGAAGUACAAUACAUCAUUCAAGAAGAUUUGGACAGGCAAUCUAUAAGUUUUUUUGCCGUGGAUUCUGAAACAGGAGUUGUGACCGUUGUUCGACCUCUAUCAGGGAAAGGUCGGAGCGAGCCAUACACGGUGAAAAUCCAAGCAAUGGACAAAGGCAAUCCACCUCUCAGCUCCAUAUGCCACCUGCUAAUCGUUGUAGGCGAUAUAUCUACGAAUGACGGAGUCCCCCAGUUCAUCCGCCCAACAGCUGGAGAAGUGGCCUAUAUACAUGAGAAUGUUACUGUAGGAACGGAAGUAUUCCAAGUUGUUGCUUUUGAUCCAGAUAAUUCGAACACCGCAAAUGGUAAAGUCGCUUAUAAACUUCUGGAUGAUCAAAGCUCAGAAGAUUAUGAUUACGAAUUUACCAUCGACGCAGCAACAGGAAUCAUAAGUACUCAAGCACUUCUAGAUCGAGAAAGAAAGGAAAAUUACACGAUGAUUGUCGUUGCUCAUGAUUUCGGAUUUCCACCGCAAGAAGCUCAUAGAGUGUUGAGAAUAUUCAUCUUGGACGUAGAUGACAGCGAGCCACAGUUUGUACGCCCCCUAAAAUCACAGCCAAUUGAAAUAUUACUAAAGGAAGAAGAACCUGUCGGUACUGUAGCAGGAGUUGUGAAAGCCGUUGACAAUGAUACAGGAAUCAAUUCAAUCAUUGACUACUACAUACUCAAUGGAAAUGAUGAUGGAAUCUUCGGCAUCAGAAGAUCUAUGGAUAAUGCUGGAGAACUGAUUGUCCAAAAGCGUAUUGAUAGAGAAAACGUGACGAAAUUCACGCUCACUAUCAAAGUAUGUAAGCCGUCAGAGCCGGUUACCGAGUACGGUGAGCCCUAUAACUAUCAAGAUCUAUCUCAAAUUCAGAUCACCAUUCUUGUGGAAGAUAUAGAUGACAAUUCACCUGCAUUUGAAACCUCCAAUUAUGUGUUAGGUGCCAGGGGUAAUACGGAAGUCGAUUCCGAGCUUGUUACCCUCCAUGCAUCAGACCCGGAUGCAUCUUCUAGUCCAAUUACAUAUAGUCUUCAAAAUGUGCUGUUUAUCAGAUCAUCUACUCAAGAGCAGAUUGAGAUGCUGGAUGUGUUCCAUGUCAAUCCACAGUCUGGAGCAUUAAGUAACAAUGAACCUCUUGGAAAAUACGUUGGAGGAUUUUUCCAAAUUUCAGUGGCAGCUAGUAGUUCUACUGAUAUUCGCAGUGUAGCCGUAGCUGAAGUUAAAGUGUAUAUACUUCAAGACAGAGACCUGUUGAAAUUCGUAUUUUACAAAAGACCUAGUGAAGUGCGAGAAAUUAUUCCAAGGUUCCAAAAAGAUUUAAAACUUGCCGUUGCUCAACCAGUGUCACUGAACAUUUAUGACACAAAUUUUUAUUCAAGAAAUGACGGAAGUUUGGAUUUUGAAAGCACAAGUUCUUGCUUCCAGCUCUUGGAAAAUGAUAUCAUUAUAGAGCCAAAGAAAGUGAUGAAAAUACUAAAUCAAGCCAAAUCAUCAACCAUCAGGGAUUUAUAUUCGAACUACAGUGUCGUUGCCAUAGAGAAUUGUGCUUCAAGCCGAGAAGCGUAUAAGAUAUUGUGGAGCGAAAUUUUUGUUCUUGUGAUCGCACUCAUCAUUGCCCUUUGUUCAUUCGUCUUAUGCAUCGUCAUUUGUGCUAUGUAUUCAAGUUACAGCAAAAAGAUAAAGAGGACGACCUAUUUUCACAGUGUAUAUAUGACAGAAAAUGGGGGACACCCACCGAUUUUAAGCCCAGCAGAGCAACAGAGAAUAUAUGAAUGGCAAGAAAUGAAUGCACCACUUGCUGAUGCAGCUUCUUUCAGAAGUUACCCAACGCUCAGAUGAUCGCCUAAAACUGCCUUCAACAAAAUAGUUCAAGCGGGUAACUUGACAAAGAGAAGAACUUUAUUGAAACUUAGGGAGUAUCAACUUUGAUCUAUUUUAGGAAUUCUACACUUUUAAAACGCAGGAAAUGUUCAGGAAGGCUGUCCUUGGUCUUCGUUCGAGUGAAGAAUAAGUUAUUUUUUGUGUCGAACUUUCAGACGGUGAAGAUUUGUACAGAGACAGUUCGAUUUGUAUAUUUCAACUAAUUUAUUAAAAAAAUAAAACAAA